AUGGAGUCCCAGAAAUCCUGGAUAGAAAGCACUUUGACCAAGAGGGAAUGUGUAUAUAUCAUACCAAGUUCCAAAGACCCUCACAGAUGCCUUCCAGGAUGUCAGAUUUGUCAGCAGCUUGUCAGGUGUUUUUGUGGUCGCUUGGUCAAGCAACAUGCUUGUUUUACUGCAAGUCUUGCCAUGAAAUACUCAGAUGUGAAAUUGGGUGACCAUUUUAAUCAGACAUUAGAAGAGUGGUCUGUGGAAAAACAUACAGAACAGAGCCCAACGGAUGCUUAUGGAGUCAUAAAUUUUCAAGGGGGUUCUCAUUCCUACAGAGCUAAGUAUGUGAGGCUAUCAUAUGACACCAAACCUGAAAUCAUUCUGCAACUUCUGCUUAAAGAAUGGCAAAUGGAAUUACCCAAACUUGUUAUCUCUGUGCAUGGUGGCAUGCAGAAGUUUGAGCUUCACCCACAAAUCAAGCAGUUGCUUGGAAAGGGCCUUAUUAAAGCUGCAGUUACAACCGGAGCCUGGAUUUUAACUGGAGGAGUAAACACAGGUGUGGCAAAACAUGUUGGUGAUGCCCUUAAAGAACAUGCUUCCAGAUCAUCUCGAAAGAUUUGCACUAUUGGAAUAGCUCCAUGGGGAGUGAUUGAAAACAGAAAUGAUCUUGUUGGGAGAGAUGUGGUUGCUCCUUACCAAACUUUGUUGAACCCUCUGAGCAAAUUGAAUGUUCUGAAUAAUCUGCAUUCCCAUUUCAUAUUGGUGGAUGAUGGCACUGUUGGAAAGUAUGGAGCAGAAGUCAGACUUAGAAGAGAACUUGAAAAAACUGUUAAUCAGCAAAGAAUUCAUGCUAGAAUUGGUCAAGGUGUUCCUGUGGUGGCACUUAUAUUUGAGGGUGGGCCAAAUGUUAUCCUCACAGUUUUAGAAUACCUUCAGGAAAGUCCUCCUGUUCCAGUCGUUGUAUGUGAAGGAACAGGCAGAGCUGCAGAUUUACUAGCAUAUAUUCAUAAGCAAACAGAAGAAGGAGGGAAUCUUCCUGAUGCAGCAGAGCCCGAUAUUAUUUCAACUAUCAAAAAAACAUUUAACUUUGGCCAGAGUGAAGCAGUUCAUUUAUUUCAAACACUAAUGGAAUGUAUGAAAAGAAAGGAGCUCAUCACUGUUUUCCACAUUGGAUCAGAUGAACAUCAAGAUAUAGAUGUAGCAAUACUUACUGCACUGCUUAAAGGCACUAAUGCAUCUGCAUUUGACCAGCUCAUCCUUACAUUGGCAUGGGAUAGAGUUGACAUCGCCAAAAAUCAUGUAUUUGUUUAUGGGCAGCAGUGGCUGGUUGGAUCCUUGGAACAAGCUAUGCUUGAUGCUCUUGUAAUGGAUAGAGUUGCAUUUGUAAAACUUCUUAUUGAAAAUGGAGUAAGCAUGCAUAAAUUCCUUACCAUUCCUAGACUGGAAGAACUUUACAACACUAAACAAGGCCCAACUAAUCCAAUGCUAUUUCAUCUUGUUCGAGAUGUCAAGCAGGGGAAUCUUCCUCCAGGAUAUAAGAUCACUCUAAUUGAUAUAGGACUUGUUAUUGAAUAUCUUAUGGGAGGGACCUAUAGAUGCACCUACACUCGGAAACGUUUUCGAUUAAUAUAUAACAGUCUUGGUGGAAAUAAUCGGAGGUCUGGCCGAAAUACCUCCAGCAGCACUCCUCAGUUGCGAAAGAGUCAGGAAUCUUUUGGCAAUAGAGCAGAUAAAAAGGAAAAAACGAGGCAUAAUCAUUUCAUUAAAACAGCACAGCCCUACCGACCAAAGAUUGAUACAGCUGUGGAAGAAGGAAAGAAGAAAAGAACCAAAGAUGAAAUUGUAGAUAUUGAUGAUCCAGAAACCAAGCGCUUUCCUUAUCCACUUAAUGAACUAUUAAUUUGGGCUUGCCUCAUGAAGAGGCAGGUUAUGGCCCGUUUUUUAUGGCAGCAUGGUGAAGAAUCAAUGGCUAAAGCAUUAGUUGCCUGUAAGAUCUAUCGUUCAAUGGCAUAUGAAGCAAAGCAGAGUGACCUUGUAGAUGAUACUUCAGAGGAAUUGAAACAAUAUUCCAAUGAUUUUGGUCAACUGGCAGUUGAAUUACUGGAACAGUCCUUCAGACAAGAUGAAACCAUGGCUAUGAAAUUGCUCACUUAUGAACUGAAAAAUUGGAGUAAUUCUACCUGUCUUAAGUUAGCAGUUUCUUCAAGACUUAGACCUUUUGUAGCUCACACGUGUACGCAGAUGUUGUUAUCUGAUAUGUGGAUGGGAAGGCUGAAUAUGAGGAAAAAUUCCUGGUACAAGGUCAUACUAAGCAUUUUAGUUCCACCUGCCAUAUUAAUGUUAGAAUAUAAAACUAAGGCUGAAAUGUCUCAUAUUCCACAAUCUCAAGAUGCUCAUCAAAUGACAAUGGAUGAUAGUGAAAACAACUUUCAAAACAUAGCAGAAGAGAUUCCCAUGGAAGUAUUUAAAGAAAUAAGACUAUUGGACAAGAAUGAAGGGAAAAAUGAAAUGGAGAUACAAAUAAAAUCAAAAAAGCUUCCAAUCACACGAAAGUUUUAUGCCUUUUAUCAUGCACCAAUUGUAAAAUUCUGGUUUAACACGUUGGCAUACUUAGGAUUUCUGAUGCUUUAUACAUUUGUGGUUCUUGUACAAAUGGAACGAUUACCUUCAGUUCAAGAAUGGAUUGUUAUUGCUUAUAUUUUUACCUAUGCUAUUGAGAAAGUCCGUGAGAUUUUUAUGUCUGAAGCUGGAAAAAUAAGCCAGAAGAUUAAAGUGUGGUUUAGUGAUUACUUCAAUAUCAGUGAUACAAUUGCCAUAAUUUCUUUCUUCAUUGGAUUUGGACUAAGAUUUGGAGCAAAAUGGAACUUUGAGAAUGCAUAUGAUAAUCAUGUUUUUGUGGCUGGAAGAUUAAUUUACUGUCUUAACAUAAUAUUUUGGUAUGUGCGUUUGCUAGAUUUUCUAGCUGUAAAUCAACAGGCAGGACCUUAUGUAAUGAUGAUUGGAAAAAUGGUGGCCAAUAUGUUCUACAUUGUAGUGAUUAUGGCUCUUGUAUUACUUAGUUUUGGUGUUCCCAGAAAGGCAAUACUUUAUCCUCGUGAAGCACCAUCUUGGACUCUUGCUAAAGAUAUAGUUUUUCAUCCAUACUGGAUGAUUUUUGGUGAAGUUUAUGCCUAUGAAAUUGAUGUUUGUGCAAAUGAUUCCACUAUCCCUCAUAUUUGUGGUCCUGGGACGUGGUUGACUCCAUUUCUUCAAGCAGUCUACCUCUUUGUACAGUAUAUCAUUAUGGUCAAUCUUCUCAUUGCAUUUUUCAACAAUGUGUAUUUGCAAGUGAAGGCAAUUUCCAAUAUUGUGUGGAAGUACCAACGUUAUCAUUUCAUUAUGGCUUAUCAUGAGAAACCAGUUCUGCCUCCACCGCUUAUCAUUCUCAGCCAUAUAGUUUCUCUUUUUUGCUGCAUAUGUAAAAGAAGGAAAAAAGAUAAGACUUCGGAUGGACCAAAACUUUUUUUAACAGAAGAAGAUCAAAAGAAACUUCAUGAUUUUGAAGAGCAGUGUGUUGAGAUGUAUUUUAAUGAAAAAGAUGACAAAUUUCAUUCUGGGAGUGAAGAGAGAAUUCGUGUCACUUUUGAAAGAGUGGAACAGAUGUGCAUUCAGGUUAAAGAAGUUGGAGAUCGUGUCAACUAUAUCAAAAGAUCAUUACAAUCAUUAGAUUCUCAAAUUGGCCAUUUGCAAGAUCUUUCAGCCCUGACUGUAGAUACAUUAAAAACACUCACUGCCCAGAAAGCUUCAGAAGCUAGCAAAGUUCACAAUGAAAUCACACGUGAAUUGAGCAUUUCCAAACACUUAGCUCAAAACCUUAUUGAUGAUGGUCCUGUAAGACCUUCUGUAUGGAAAAAGCACAGUGUUGUAAAUACACUUAGUUCCUCUCUUCCUCAAGGUGGUCUUGAAAGUAAUAAUCCUUUUCUUUGUAAUAUUUUUAUGAAAGAUGAAAAAGAUUCCCAGUGUAACAUAUUUGGUCAGGAUUUACCUGUAAUACCCCAGAGGAAAGAAUUCAAUAUUCCAGAGGCUGGUUCCUCUUGCAGUGCCUUAUUCCCAAGUGCUGUCUCUCCUCCAGAACUGCGACAGAGAAUACAUGGAGUAGAAACCUUAAAAAUGUUUAGUAAAAAUCAAAAACCAGGCAAUUCAUCUAACAGUAUACCACAUCUAUCAUCCCCACCAACCAAAUUUUUUGUUAGUACACCGUCUCAGCCAAGUUGUAAAGGCCACUUGGAAACUGUAACCAAAGAUCAAGAAAUUGUUUGUUCCAAAGCUGCAGAGGGAGAUAACAUAGAAUUUGGAGCAUUUGUAGGACACAGAGAUAGCAUGGAUUUACAGAGGUUUAAAGAAACAUCAAACAAGAUAAAAGAAAUGUUAUCUAAUGAUAUUCCUUCUGAAAACACUUUGAAACAUGUGAGUUCUCACGCUGGAUUUACUGAGUGUCACAAAACUUCUGUUCCUCUUCAUUCAGAACAAGUGGAAAGUAGCAGUAGAAGGUCAUCUACAGAAGAAACUCAUGAAGUAGAUUCCAAAGCAGCUUUGCUACCGGACUGGUUACAAGAUAGACCAUUGACUAGAGAAAUGCCACCUGAAGAAGGAACCUUAAAUGGUCUUGCUUCUCCAUUUAAGCCAGUUAUGGAUACAAAUUACUAUUACUCAGCUGUGGAAAGAAAUAACUUGAUGAGAUUAUCCCAGAGCAUUCCAUUUACACCUGUGCCUCCAAGAGGUGAGCCUGUCACAGUGUAUCGCUUGGAAGAGAGUUCUCCCAACAUACUGAAUAACAGCAUGUCUUCUUGGUCACAGCUGGGCCUCUGUGCCAAAAUAGAAUUUUUAAGUAAAGAAGAGAUGGGAGGAGGUUUACGAAGAGCUGUCAAAGUACAGUGUACUUGGUCAGAACAUGAUAUCCUCAAAUCAGGACAUCUUUAUAUUAUCAAAUCUUUUCUUCCUGAAGUGGUUAACACAUGGUCAAGUAUUUAUAAAGAAGAUACAGUUCUGCAUCUCUGUCUUAGAGAAAUUCAGCAACAGAGAGCAGCGCAAAAACUCACAUUUGCCUUCAACCAAAUGAAACCCAAAUCCAUACCAUAUUCUCCAAGGUUCCUUGAAGUUUUCCUGCUGUAUUGCCAUUCAGCAGGACAGUGGUUUGCUGUGGAAGAAUGUAUGACUGGAGAAUUUAGAAAAUACAACAACAAUAAUGGUGAUGAGAUUAUUCCAACUAAUACACUGGAAGAAAUUAUGCUGGCCUUUAGCCACUGGACUUAUGAAUAUACAAGAGGGGAGUUACUGGUACUUGAUUUACAAGGUGUGGGUGAAAGUUUGACUGACCCAUCUGUGAUAAAGGCAGAAGAAAAGAGAUCCUGUGAUAUGGUUUUUGGCCCAGCAAAUCUAGGAGAAGAUGCAAUAAAAAACUUCAGAGCAAAACAUCACUGUAAUUCUUGCUGUAGAAAACUUAAACUUCCAGAUCUGAAGAGGAAUGACUAUACACCUGAUAAAAUAAUAUUUCCUCAGGAUGAGCCUUCUGAUUUGACUCUUCAGCCUGGAAAUUCCACCAAAGAAUCAGAAUCAACUAAUUCUAUUCGUCUGAUGUUAUAAUAUUACUGAAUCAUUGGUUUUGAUUACACCUCACAAAAAUGUUACUGUGUCACUUUUCUGUUAGGAGGAAAUUGUUUGAUAAUACAGAAGAGU